AUGUCCAGCUUACCAUUUUUGUCUUCGUGGCUUUUUUUUUACAAAGGUCAAUUAAAUACUACUUUGGAUUAUUUUAUUUUGUUGUCACACUAUUGUUGGAUACAAAAGGGAUAUAUUAUUGCAAAAGCUAGAACAGGAGAGAACGGUGUUGCAUUGAUUCUAUACAAAAAAGAAGGUCUCAAUGUUACUGUCUCACAGCGUGUUGAUGCAUACUCAUACUAUUUUACUGUAGUGAUAAAUAACGGUAAAGAAAAUAGAGAUUUUAUGGCAAUUUCGGAUUAUUUCGUCGAUGGAAAAUUUGUCAAUAUGGAAAGUUUUAUCAGAAAAUUUUGUGGUAAAAUAAAUAAGGUUGUUCGUAAACAUAAACGUAAAUCACGUCCACCACCACCACCACCACGUGCAUGA